GCCUAUUCCCUUCUGAGUCCCAAACAUAUCUACCUGGGUAGGUAUCGCCAUAUCCACUGUCUUACAGUGCAACUCGACAAAGAUCGCUGAGGCCUGCUCCUUAGUUGCCAUUCUACAUCCAAGGACAUCGUCCUCUCUCCGCCUCAACCCUGAUCGAUAAUAUUCCUCUUCUAUUAACUCUUUUCGUCUGAAAAGGGAGGACGAUUUUGAUCAGACGAGAAGCCAGGCUGAAUAACGGCACGGUACCGAGCCCGGUCCAGAUAUUCAGGGCCCCCAAUCGGCAGGGGUGACAGAGAGAAAAGGAAAAAGAAAAACCCCAAAAACGCACCUAACAAAAGCCCUCAACUCGGCUCCCGGCUCCCGGCGCCCCGCCGUCCGAGCUUUCGCUACGCUUCCCCUGGCAUCCAUCUCACCCCAUCCAUUCAUCUAAUUCGCAUCCAAUUCCAAUGCUCAUCCCGCGGAGCUAUCUCGCAACCCUCUUUUUCGUCCUCGCAAACCUCGAAUCGCUCACCGCCGCCGACGGCCAGCACCAAGAUCCGCUGCUGCACUCGGACAACCCUGUCCCCCAUCCGCCCCCCGUCGCCGCCGUCGCGGACGCCGCACUCCUCCCCGCCGCCGGAUCUCUCCCUCUCUCCACAGCCAUGUCGUCGUCUCUCGCCCGAUCGGCCCCGCUUGUGUUCCCGGCCGCCGGCAAGCACACGGCCACCGUCAUCUUCGCCCACGGCCUCGGCGACACCGGCAACGGCUGGGCGAGCGCCGUCGAGAACUGGAGGCGGAGGCAGAGGCUCGACGAGGUCAAGUUCGUCCUGCCUCACGCGCCCCAGAUCCCCAUCACCUGCAACUGGGGCAUGCGCAUGCCGGGCUGGUUCGACAUUAAAAAGCUCGAUGGCACCGUCGAGGGCCUCCGCGAGUCCGAGGACGAGCCCGGCAUCCUCGCCUCGGCCCAGUACUUCCGGUCCCUCAUCCAAGCCGAGGUCGACGCGGGCAUCCCCGCCGACCGCAUCGUUCUCGGCGGCUUCAGCCAGGGCGGCGCCCUGUCUAUCUUCGCCGGCCUGACGUGCUCGCAUCGCAUCGCCGGCAUCGUCGGCCUGUCGUGCUGGCUGCCCUUGAGCAACAAGUUCGCCGGCCUCGUGCCCGCCGACAAGCCGAACCAGGACACGCCCCUCUUCCUGGGCCACGGCGACGCCGACCCCCUCGUCCGCCCUGAGCUCGGCGCGCUGAGCGCCGAGGCGCUGACCAAGCUGGGCUACAAGAUUACGAGGAAAAUUUACCCCGGCAUGCCUCACGGCGCAUGCCCCGAGGAGCUGGACGACGUCGAGGCGUUUCUGCGCGAGAGACUGCCGCCAACUCAGAAGUGAGAUCGGGCUGGCGCGGUCAAUGUUCCAACGUCACGCAGGAACAGAUGGUCUGAUAUUGAUAGUCCUGGACAGACGAGAAUGGGGGGGGUAUUUCUCGAAUAUAAGCUUUGCAUGACGAGCAGGCGGCAAGGCAUCCAUAAAGAACAUGCGUAAGCCAGCAUCCGUUGCAAGCAAUCAGCAUGAAGCCACGUCGCUUUCCAUGCCAUGUAGUCGGUAGAGGAUUACUGUGCGCCCCAAAGAGAAAUAUCAAUCGUAGUUUUACGCAACAUUAGCAGUGUUUCAUUGGAAAGCAUCAUCCGUCGUGAGAGCCUCCAAAGAUGGCUGGCAAGUCUAAUCCAAUUAAGAAAUAUAUAAGCGGCAGUCCUGGUAUCAGGCAUUGUCUGUC